AGCGGGCGUUGCCCGGUGACGGUUGCUUGGCAACGGCGGCGCGGCGCAGCCAUGGCGGACGAUGACCUGCCCGUGGUCUCCUUCGGGAGCCUCAUGACCGAGGGGACGAGCCUGAGCCGGCGCGGCCAGCACGACAAGGCCCUGGGCUGCUUCAAUGACGCUCUGAAGCUGCGGGCAGGAGACAAGCACUGCCUCAUCACCCGCUCCAGGUGCUUCCUGAGGCUUGGAGACACAGAGAACUCCCUGAAGGAUGCUGAAGCCUCGCUCCAAAUUGACAGUACGUUCUAUGAGGGGCUUUACCAGAAAGCAGAGGCCCUGUAUGCCAUGGGGGACUUUGAGUUUGCACUGGUGUUUUACCACCGAGGCCGAAGGCUCCGCCCUGACCUGCACAAGUUCCAGCUGGGCAUCAACAAGGCUGAGGAGGCCAUUAUCAACUGCAUUGGGAAUCCAUCCUCGGUGAAGCUGGAGAGCAAGGAGGAGCUGUGCUUUGUGAGCAGGCAGGCAGAGCUGCAGAGCAAAAAUAACAAGCAGAAACAGCAAAACAAAACAAAGGACCAAAAGGAUCAAAAACAGACGAAGAAGCAGAGUCCAAAAACAGAGCAAGAGCUUCUGGGACAGCUUUAUGCUGACAAGGCAUAUCUGGAGAAGUUGCUCAAGGAUGAAGACUUGAUGCAGAGCAGCACAAGGCAGGGGGUCAAAGUCAUGGAGCUGGUUUUGGGCGGCAUCUCGUACCUGCAGCAGCGGCGGGACUUCUGGCAGCAGCAGAAGCCGAUGUACGCGCGGCUGCACGAGCGCCGGGCCCUGCGGCAGCGCCGCGCGCGCGACAGGAGACAGAAACCAUCCGACAUCGCCAGGGCCAUCGCAAAGGACAUGGAGGACAUCGAGCUGAUGCUGGCCAGAGGUUCUGCUGAGGAAAGCUGCAGGAAAGCUGAGCGUCUGCUGAAAAAGAUACAAGCGUGGUCAGAGGAUGAAGUUCCCAACAAGAAUGAACUGAUUGGGAACCUCCACAGCUGCAUUGGGGAUGCACAGCUGGCAAUGGGGCAGAUGGAGGCAGCUUUGCACAGCCAUAAAAUGGAUCUGGAUUGUGCCAGGCAGAACACUCUGACAGACGCCGUGUCCCGGGCCCUGGACAACAUCGGCCACGUGUACGCCCGAACUGGCAAGUUCCAGCAGGCCAUCAACACCUGGGAGGAGAAGAUUCCACUGGCCCAAUCCAGCCUGGAGAAGGCCUGGCUGUUCCAUGAAAUUGGGCGGUGCUACCUCGAGCUGGAUAAAGCUGAAGUAGCCCAAGAUUAUGGCCAGAAGUCCCUGCAGUCAGCAGAAGAAGAGGGAGAUGUGGAGUGGCAGCUCCACGCCACCGUGCUGGUGGCACAGGCACAAGUGAAACUGAAAGAUUACCGGGCUGCAAUACUGAAUUUUGAAAGGGCUCUGGAGAAGGCAAGGCUUGUGCCCAGUGAAUCUGCUCAAAAUGGCAUCAUUGCGGCCUUGGAUAGUGUGAGCAAAAGCUUCAUUGCAGAACUGAACAAAGGCCACGAAGAUGGGAUGAAUCCCUCACGUGAAGAUCGCCUUUUCAGCAGUGAAAGCAUAAAAACCACCACUGAGAACGUGGAAGAGGAGGAGAAAGGGAAUUGAGAUAAAAAGCCAUAAGAAGAAGCCAGAAACCCCGCGUAAGCAGACGGAAACGUUAAAGGGGAGAAACGGACAAGGAAAUAAAGGACAGCAGUGGGGAAAAGCAGAGCCUAGGCGGGAAGUUUAAAUAAAUAUUGAGCAAACGUCGUA